AUGUUAGAGGAUAUUUUAAGCGGAAUUCCGCCAAUAACUAGGACUAUGUGUGGCAUGAUACUUCUACUAUCAGUCAUGACAUAUACAGAAAUAGUUUAACCAUACAAUCUAUACUUUAAUUUAAAGCUGAUAGUUUUUAAGUUUCAAGGAUGGAGAUUAUUGACUGACUUAUUUUACUUCGGAGAAAUGAAGCUCAUUACACUCUUUAAGAUUACUUUAUUUUGCAGAUUUUCAAGCAAAUUAGAAGAUCAGACAUUUAGGGGAAAUACAGCAAAUUAUUGUUACUUUUUAUUGAUUGGAGUACUACAAUUAACAGUUAUAGCUUCAUUAUUUGGAUUAUUUAAUUUAUCUGGCUCUUUUGAAACAAUGAUUUUGUAUUUAUGGUGCAGAAGAAAUAAAAAUGCAAUGUUUCACGUUUUUGGUUUGAUACCAAUAUAAGCUCCUUAUUUAGCUUGGUUUUUUAUUCUCAUGCAGUUAUUUUUGAACCAAAGUGUUGUUAGUGAUUUAGCAGGAAUAGUCGUUGGACAUGUAUAUUAUUUCUUCUAUGAUGUCUAUCCUAAGUUACCACUUAGUACUGGUGCUAACAUCAUGAAGACUCCUCGCUAUUUUGUUAAGCUUUGCAAGUUGUUAAAAAUAACAGACGAAAAGAUUCCAGAUGAUGAAGAUGCAAAUGAAGAAAAUGUAGGUGAUGAUUAUUUUGCCGCAGAAGAUAUUUAAAAUUAAAAUGCUUAAGAUGAGUUCCUAUUUUGA